AUGUGGAAGAAGGGCUCAGAAAACAUCAAGACUCGAGAGGAGCAAGGCGAUGGAAAUACACAACGAAAAACCAGUGCUCAAGUCCUGAACAGGCUCUACGAACAUGCUGAAAAUAUGCAGGCUGAAGAACGCGUCUUCUUCAUCCACGAAGUCAUAAACAAUAUAAAAGAGCUCUUUAUUAAUGGCAAAUGUGACGCUGUUACUUGGGACAAAAAAAACUUUCAGAUGUUCCAACUCAACCUCGAUCGUCAGGCUUCGGAGCUGAAACAAUGCAACUACAGCACUGAUGACUGGGAGGCAGUCAGAGCCGAAGUCCUCACACAUUUACGAAGACUUGAUAUCCUGGCCAGCAUGGAAAAAUAG